UCCCUGGUUCACAUAGCAUUUGCCUGCGAUCCUACUCAGUUAUUUACGUUAGGGCCUGUGAUCAGUUCAGUGCUUUCGGCCACCGCGUCACCUCAUCGGAUACGGUUUCACAUCUUCACUGCACGCGAUGCUCUCACUGAUGCUAGUGUGCAAUUGAAUUGCUACAGCCGAGCAAUACCCUUCAUCUGGGAACUACACGAAUUUUCCAAAGAUAUGAUUCGAGCUAAUAUAACUGUACACAGCAGAAAAGAGUGGAGGCUGCAAAACGCUUUCAACUAUGCCCGCUUCUACUUUGCAGAAAUAUUAUCAGACGUCCAGAAAGUAGUCUAUCUGGAUACUGACAUUAUUGUCAAAGGUGACAUAUGCAGGUUACAUGACGCAAAUUUACGUUCGUCUUCAACAUCUGUCAUUGCUGCUGUGAAGCGAAGUGUCCCCCUCGGUAGUCUGCUCAAUUUCUCAAAUGCGGCGGUAAAAUCGUCAGGUCUUCGUGAAAAAAUGCAUUCUUUCAAUGCCGGGGUACUCCUAAUCGACCUUGAAAGCUGGCGGCGUAAGAGAAUUACUUCAACUGUAGAGACUUGGUUGAAGAUGAACUCAGUGUCGAAAUUAUAUAGCCAUGGAAGUCAGCCUCCCUUGUUGCUAGUGUUUGGCGAUUCCUUCGAGUCAAUUCCAUCGCAUUGGAAUGUUGAUGGAGUCGGCUACAAAAAAGGGCUUAGAGCGUCGGUACUGAAUGAAGCGAGAGUUCUCCAUUGGUCAGGUCAGUCGAAACCUUGGUGUCGA